CCAGGGGAAGAGGGCAGCAGAGGAGAGAGCAGCUAGGGGGAGAGGGCAGCCAGGGCCGAGGGCAGCCAGGUCAGAGGGCAGCCAGGGCCGAGGACAGCCCCUCGGGAUGCAGCUGCGGGAGCGCAGCCCGGCGCGGCGCCUCUGGGCGCUGCUGCUGCUCGGGCCGCUGGCGCUGCUCGCCGCCGCCCUGGCGCUGCGCGGCACCGCCCGCCCCGACCCCGCCGGCCCCUCCCGCCUCUACCGGGCGCUGGAGCUCUCCCCCAGCCGCACCAUCAACUGCUCGGGGGUGGUCCGCGGGGACCAGGCAGCCAUCCAGGAGGCGCAGCUCACCAACCUGGAAGUGGCCAACAGAAAGGCUGCGCCGACGCCCAGCGACUACCUGAACAGUACGAGGGACUGCAAAGCCUUCAAGGAGACCCGGCGCUACAUCGAGUUCCCGCUCAGCCAGGAGGAGGAGGAGUUCCCCAUCGCCUACUCCAUGGUCAUCCACCACAAAAUCGACAUGUUUGAGCGGCUCCUGCGCUCCGUCUACGCCCCCCAGAAUAUCUACUGUGUCCAUGUGGACAGCAAAGCCCCGGCCGCCUUCCAGGAGGCUGUGCGGGCCAUCGCCGCCUGCUUCCCCAACGUCUUCGUGGCCAGCCGCCUGGAAAGCGUGGUGUACGCCUCCUGGUCCCGGCUGCAGGCCGACCUCAACUGCAUGCAAGACCUGCUGCAGAGCCCGGUGCCGUGGCGCUACCUCAUCAACACCUGCGGCACCGACUUCCCCAUCAAGACCAACGCCGAGAUCGUGCGGGCGCUGCAGCUGCUGCAGGACCACAACAGCGUGGAGUCACAGAAGCCCUCGGCAGCCAAGGAGCAGCGCUGGAAGUUCCACUACGAGGUGGGGAAGGGCAUCUCUCGCACUGCCCAGAAGAAACUGCCGCCACCCCACAACUACCCCAUGUUCACGGGCAGCGCGUACAACGCGGUCACACGCGACUUCGUGCAGUAUGUCUUCAGUGACCCCACGGCACAAAAGCUGCUCGAGUGGUCCAAGGACAGCUACAGCCCCGAUGAGCACGUCUGGGCCACCCUGAACCGCAUGCCGGGCGUGCCGGGGGGCGUGCCCUGGAGCGACCAGUUCCAGCUCUCGGACAUGAACGCGCUUCCCCGCCUGGUCAAGUGGCAGUUCCUGGAGGGGGACAUCAGCAAGGGCGCGUCCUACCCGCCCUGCACCGGCCGCUACCAGCGCGCCGUCUGCAUCUAUGGGGUGGGCGACGUACCCUGGAUGCUGCAGCAGCACCAUCUCUUGGCCAACAAGUUCGACCCCGAGGUGGACGAUGCGGCCGUGCAGUGUCUCGAGGAACACCUGCGCCACAAGGCGCUGUACGGCCGGGGGCUCUGAGCGGGAGCCGAGGACACGCUGGCCAGCACCUGCUGCCUUCCGUGGGCGAGUCCAGCCCUCCCAGAGGGUGCCCUGGGUCCCUGAGCAGCCCACGGCUCGGCGCGGCCCCGGGGCUGCGGCCAUCCGCGGGUCGGACGGAUGGACAGACGGACGGGGCGCAGCGCAGGGAAGGCGCAGUGCGGGAGGCUCGGCCCGUCCUGCCCCGGUGCGCAGGAAGUGGGCGAGGAGUUUACAGUCCUGCCCCAGGGCUGCAGGCGGGCAGGCUCCAGCCACCCAGCCCCAGCCCCGGCGGGGGGCAGAGCUGAAACCAGAUUAAUUUGAUUUCCACAGAGCACCCGGCAGCCGCCCGUCCGCCCACGGCACCCGCAGCGCUGCUCGGCUCAAGUGCGGACUGCUGCUUUUGCCUCCCCUUGACUCCGACUCUACCAAAAGCCAUUAAUCGUUAAAAACCUUCAAUAAAAUCCACGAUACUAAAAUACA